GCCGAGGAGAGUAAAUCUCUAUGUUGACGCCACCCUCGUCGCUUUCAUGGACCUCGGGCUGUGGAACAUAACUCACAUUCCCUCCGGCCGCAUCGAGUUCGGCCAUGAUCCAAGAUACGCGUCGUUUGAGAGGCUCUUCUUCGGGAGGGUGAGGGAGGAGGCCCUGCGACAUUCGGUGACGACGAGCAUGGCAGGUGCGAGACAUCCGGAUCUUGAGAUACGUAGCGUCGCACAACGAGAUUCUGUCCAUCUUCACCCAGGGUGACUUGUGGUUCCAGUGGCAGCGCAACUUGCAGGUCACCACGUCCUCCAACGCGAGUGAGGGCUCGUGGGAGUCGCCAAUCUCGCUGACAAGCCUUGACGACGGCUCUCUGGAUCCUGACACAGCAUAUCACGCCAAAGUGUGCCGGGAGUACCGGAACCCCAACGAGCCCUCGUCGAUGCAGCAAGCGGCACACUGCCCGUGAUUGAAAGUCAACACCUCUCACCGCUCUGACCAGACGCUGCAGGUUUGUGGACACGCAGACCUCCUGGAUCUUAACGACGGACAACCAUGCCGUCAAUCCGGACUACACCACAACUCGCACGCCAUACGGCCUUGGAAUCGAGAUUGUUGUUUUGCUAGACACUCGUUGACGUAGUUUAUCUCAGAUCUUGAAACUUGUAUGAUAAAGAAUUUUUAUGAUUG